AAUCCUUCCACUAUAAAAGGCGACACGUUCUCCCGUCGGCAGAGUCUUCAAUUUGGGGUUUCCAUCAUCUCAUAAACUUAUAUCCUUACUAGGAUUGUUUCCUAACUAACUACGAGAUGGAUUACGAAAAACUACCAAAUUUUCUUAAAAACAUGAACUCUGUUGUUGAAGAUGAUCUUGAAGGGAUUUCAUGGUUGCAUGGAAAUCCGCCUGAUUAUACACUAGUGAAUAAUCUGUAUCUUUCAGAACGGACUAAGAUCCACCCACCCCACUCAUUGGAGGCUAUUAUAACAAAUCUGAUAAAAAAUUGGGAGAAGGAACUAUCUCAUAAGACGGACGUCUCUCAAUGGCGGACCGUCGACACUGGAAAAUUCAGAGUUUCCAUGAACGGAGGUGAAUUCAAGGGAUUAGGCGAUGUGGCCAAGAUUGGUGCGUACAAUUUCUUUAUUGGCGAAAGUGAGUAUUACGCAGCCUCCCUGGUUCCUGACCCCACCGAAUCACACCAAGUAUUCCGGAAAGCAAUGAAAAACGGGUUUGCUCUCGAAGUGCUUGAAGUAUAUACGCCACCACCAAAAGUGGUGUUUAAAUGGAGACAUUGGGGUCGAAUGGAGGGCGAAGUCCAGUGUCCCAUGCGGAACAAGACAAUUCGUACCAUGAAGCCUACUGGAGGAAAAGUCGAACUGAUUGGUACGACCGUCAUGGUGCUGAAUGAUAAAUAUGAAAUUGAACAAAUGGAAUUUUUCUUCCGACCUGACACCAUGUUGGAGCAGAUGGCAGGUGUUUGUUAAUAAUUGAUAACUAUUUACUCCAUUUCGUAACCCUUGUGUAAGCACAAUAUCGUCAGAGGAAAUUUUGCAUGGAAUGCUUGUGUAAUCGAGAAAUCAAUUAGUCUUCACAACCUUCCUCAACAAGUUCAAUUUUUGUUUAAUUUUAUUCUUUAUGUGCAGUUAGAAUUUUUACGAAUUAAACUCUAACACUUCCUUCUAUUAUUCCCUUGUAUAAAAUAUGGUUAAAUGCAAUGUACCCCUCUUUCUGUAAAAUGUACAACGCAUCGGUUACAAUAUUCGGGUCAAAUCCUUCCUUCUGUAACUGCACCUUUAGUAAUUUGAAAGUACCUGGGAAAUAAAUAAAAAUUAGACCCAUAAUAAAA